AUGUCGGUGAUCGGGCCGUUGAAGACCCUGGAGGAGCUCCUCUCCUUCGACCUUCCGCUCCUCUUCGUCGUGGAGCCGUUGAGACACAUAGAGCGGGGCGAGCAGGGAGGACCUAAGAACAUGCUCCUGCACGAUACGGCCACCUACAAAGAAGACAAAUUCGUUUACGGGAGUAACAAUGUGAAAAGCUACAAUUUCCCGUUAUGGCAAGCCAUCGACACUUUUGUCUACUACACGGACAACAUGGUGUCCAUACCCCCGCCGGGCUGGAUCACGGCUGCCCACAAGCAUGGCGUAAAGGUCUUGGGUACCUUCACCCUGAAAUCCGAAGAAGGCGUAAAAGCCAUCAACAAGAUCAAGGGAGCACAUCUAGUCGCCAAAGUGGCCUCUCAGCUGGCCCGCGUCGCCGCUCUUCACAGGUUUGACGGCUGGAUGGUCCGCAUUGUCACUGGUAUGCUUCUCCUGCAGUCGCAGCAGGUGCCUCGAGUUUGA